CUUGACGAUUGAGAGACUUAAUCUGCACACUUCCAUCAUGACGAUCACCAAAGAGAACCGAACAUUACAGAUUCUCAAUGCCGCAGCUGUAGGCAAAUACGGCGUAAUGGCUGCGAUCGCCUACAACAUCGAACAGCUUACAGCACUCGUUCGUGCAGCAGAAGCCAAACGUUCACCUCUGAUUAUUCAACUUUUUCCAUCCACACUCAAACAACUUCCACUUCUUGCAUUUACCGCUGCCGUAGCUGUAAAGACUGCGACAGUACCACUUUCGUUACACAUCGACCAUGCGCAGAGCGUGGAGCAUAUCCGAGAAAUUAUCGCAACGUUACCGGUAGACUCGGUAAUGGUAGACAUGUCUCAUUACGAUGAAAAAGAGAACCUGGAAAAGACAAAAGUCCUAACGAAAGAGUGCCAUGAUAGAGGCAUAGCAGUGGAAGCCGAAAGUGGGAGGAUAGAAGGUGGCGAAGAUGGUAUCGCGGAUACUGGAGACCUUGAAGCCCUUUUUACUUCCCCUGAAGACGUCGACAACUUCAUCGCAGCUGGAGUUGAUAUUCUCGCCCCUUCGAUUGGCAAUGUGCAUGGCGACUACGGCCCAGGUGGCCCUAAAGAAGGCCAGCUUCAUUACGACCGCCUCGAAUCAAUAGACAAGCAGAUCAACAAGCGCAUCUUGAUAGCUCUACACGGGACUAAUGACUUCCCAGCCGAAGUUAUGCAGCGGUGUAUACGAUCUGGUGCGGUCAAGCUGAACGUCAAUAAGCUGCUGCUGGAGGUUGGGAACGAGGUUUUGAGGAAGAAUGCGGCGAGUAUGCCGUUGGUUAAGUUAAUUGAUGAGCAAAUAAGAGUCAUCCAGGCUGAGACAGAGAGGUGGAUGGAUAUCUGUGGUAGCAGCGGGAAGGCCUAGGGAAACGGUCAUGGGCUGUAAUACAGACUAAUCAAUACAUCUAUUGACAUGAUAAC